AUGUCACCUCGCUUCGACUCCCCACCGCCGCCCGGCUCGACAGGACAUCCAGAUACCGAUGAUGAUUCUCUUUUUGCAAAGCCCCGUCCACGGCCGGCCAGGUCUUCGGCGCAAACUCGGGAGAUACGAACGCGAAACCGGAGGAGGGAGUACCUAGAACGGAAUCCAGGUUACUUCAGAUCUACGGAACAUGAACUCGCUGAUCCAAUCUUAUACGACUCCCUCAUUCGGCGGUUCCAAACGCCCGCUGAACGAGAAGCAGAAAGCAAGGAGAAAGGCUACGCUCGCGUGUUAGAGGGCUCUCUGCUACGAGGGGAGGAGAAGCUUGCCAGGCUAGCGGCGGCGACAGCAACGGGUGGUAGUUCUGACUCUAACGGCGGUGAGAAAGCAUCGACGCCUACGAUAACCGAAGGAGAAAUGGAAUGGCAAAGCCAGACAACAACCGUCACGCAGGCUCCAGUUCAGACAAUACCGACAUUGGAUCAACCACAACCAACACCCCCUUCCACAGCCACCACCUCCACAAUGUUCGCCACCUUCACCACCCCAGCACAACAACCACUCCCUCGCUUUGGUUCCGGUUUCGGCGAGCCUUCUUCAUCUUCUUCUUCUACGACCAAUACCAACACCAACCAGACCACACCGCGUCCUCCUCCUCCCCCUCCAGAAGCGUCAACGACGACAACCAAUACAGGUCUAGCAGCAACAACACUAGCACCACUAACAGGAACCGACACCCCCGCCCAAACGCGCGAAGAAGGUCAAGAGCAAUGGACCGCCUUCCUCCGCGAGCGGUUCGUCCGCGGUGGAGAUGAGGAUUUUGAUUACGCUGGGCUGGUGGACAACGAUGACGAGCUGGAUACCCUGGAGAGAAGGGAAGAGGAGGAGGCGUGGUUUGACGAGGAGGAACCUGAUUGGGCUAGUGAUGAUGAUGGGGAGGAGGGAAGGAGGGUUGAGAGGGUGUUAGAGGGGGAGACGGGGGUGCAGGAUUUUUAG